GUUUUAUUUUAUUUACAAAUACAUUACGGGAUAUUAUAAUCUCUGUUACCAAACAGAAAUUUGGUAGAAAGAAAGGAUUUUUAUUUAUCCAGAAUCAAUCGCCGGAGAAGAAGAUAAACACAGAGAGUGACGAGAGAGAGAGUGAAAAUGGAGAAGUACUUUGGAAAUGCGUACAGGGGAGAUCCAGGAGUGCCACAUGCAGAUGCAGAUCGUUUCGUGAAUAUAUGGAUUGGUUCUGCUGCUUUCUCCGUUCUUACCUGGGUUAAUCCUUACAUGUGGCAGCUCUCUAACCAGUUCAAUUACCAUGACAAGUGGAUGCUGUUUGAGCAGUACCACUGGAAAAAAGCAAGGGCAAAGAAGCAACCUUAUGAAUUCAAGUGGAAUAAGAUACCCAAAGAAGUCAGGGACUCGUACUAUUACAACUGGCCAGUCUACUUCCCAUAGAAGUGUCUCUGUGUUGCUGUGAAUCAGAAGAGAAACCAAACACUUGUGGAACUUCUAUGGAAUCUAUCUCUAUCUCUUCUUGAUCUGUUAUUCGUAGCACUUUUGGAUUUUAAGUUUUUUCUUUUGUAAUGAUCAAUCUCUCAACUCUUCACUGUUUCAUCUCCUCUAGUUGACUCUCUUAUGGAAAUAUUGAAUCUCUUUGAAGAGCAGAACCAGAAUCUGUCUGUUAUGAUCACCAUGACCACCUUCC